CUCUGCUCUCUCUCCUCCCGCCUAUGCCCGUCGCGUCUCCUCCUCCCUCCUGCUCCUCUCGCUCUCCUCAGCACGAGCACGGCAGCUGCUCCUCUCGCUCUCCUCAGCGCGGCAGCGCCUCCUCGUGCUCCAGACCACGGGUGAGUCACCUCCGGUCGGCGCCGCCGCCAGCGGUUCGGGCCUCCUUCGCCUCCCACACCGUCGACCUUGGUGGCCAUCUCCACCGCCUCCUUGUUCCGCCGGUCCGGCGCGACCACCACCUACCAGCUCUGCCCCGACAAGCUCCGCCACCAUGCGCGGGGCGCACCUUCUGCAAGCUUCAACGUCCCGGCUCUGUCCUACUCCUCUCGACCGCGCCGCCAAGCUCAGGUAACAAUGCAAUAAAGCGAGGUGGAACGGGGGCAGGAGCCAUCACCGGCCACUCUGUUUCCUAGCUUUUCGGGCAGUGUGGCAUCAAUGGCGUACAACCAUAGUGGCCAACUUUUGGUAGUUGCUUCAAACUUUACUCAUCAAGGAGCAGAUAGAGUGUGAGUGGUUACUAAAUCACAACUCUUCUUAUUGCUUUAUCAUUAGUAACAUUCUAUUCAUCUUGAAUUUGUUAAGCACAACAACUACCAUUGAGAUAAUGCUGCUAAAAAUAAUUGACAUAGGCACAUGCCCUCACCUAUAUUCAGUUAUGCAUGAAAAAUGACUGCAAAUGAGAUUAGCAUCGACUAGAUAUGUCUGCACUUGCAAGUUUAAUGUGCAGUGUGCACAUGUUGACUGGGCCCUACAAAAAAAGUUUCCUCGUCGUUAUUGAGCUUGUUGGCAGCCUGAAACUUUAUGCUAAACAUGGUUCUUGCUACCUCGUCGACAAAAUACCCUCUCUUGAUUUUGGCUACAUAGUUGCCCUAGUCUUAGCCCGGGUGUUCUGCACAUUGAUCAUUGUGGGCUUAUGAUUGGCAUCUGCCUUGGGUUUGGUGUCUGUUGCGCUUCUAUCUGGAAUAUGGCAUUUGUCUAUUGUAGCACUAUGGUCACUGGCGUCCUCCCUUCUCUUCUCGGUUCUACUCCCUCCGUUCCAAAUUACUCGUCGUGGUUUUAGUUCAAAUUUGGAACGGGGGGAGUAUAAGAAAGCACAUGCUAGUCCAUUUUUUUGUUAAGCAGUUAACACCCUUAUGUGUUUUGUUUCUGUUGGUCAAGCUGGAGGUGGAGGGGCACCAGAUAUUUAUCGAAACGAUGCGGGAUUCCAAAAGGAAGAAGUCUCCCUGAGAGUAGAAGCUCUCUUCUUACCCAGACCGGUCCAGCCGACUACUUGUACAAUUAAUCGAGCCCUACCACUGUAGUCCCCCCCUAACAUUAUUGAGCUGGGCAGAGUAGCAUUCAUGCCAUUGUAUGUUGUGUUUUGUUUUAUGUAUGUUUAGGCCUCUUUUUUAGUGAGAUGAAACAAGAGAGCAACUUGUUGGAAGUAAUACAUUUGAUGUGUGCAAUCCAAUGAGUGCUGA